AUGGCCGCGCCCUUCUUUUCCACUCCCUUCCAGCCCUACGUCUACCAGAGCCAGCAAGGAUCUGUGACGGCGUUUCAGAUAUCCGGUGGAGAUGUGCAGGUCCUGCAGGUGAUGCUGAAGUCUCAGGAGAAGCUGACUGCAAAACCAGGUACAAUGUGCUACAUGUCUGGGAACAUGCAGAUGGACAACAAUUACUUGCCUGAAAAUGAUGGAGGCGUGUGGCAGUGGAUUUUUGGGAAAAGUGUAAGCAGCACUGUUUUCUUUAAUUCUGGAUCUGAUGAUGGAUAUGUUGGGAUUGCUGCACCAUUUCCUGGGAGGAUACUGCCGGUAGAUCUAGCAAACUUUGGUGGAGAACUUCUUUGCCAGGCAGAUGCUUUUCUAUGUUCGGACAAUGAUGUGUCAGUCUCUAGUACAGUUGAGCCAAGACCACGGAAUAUUGAGAUUGGUGCAGAGAUGAUCCUUAAACAAAAGCUUAGGGGCCAGGGGAUGGCUUUUCUUGUUGGCGGUGGAUCAGUCAUGCAGAAAAUCCUUUCUCCCCGAGAGGUUAUUACCGUUGAUGCUGCUUGUAUUGUGGCUAUGACAACCACCAUUAACUUCCAGUUGAAGAACCCUAACCAGCUUAGAAGAGCAGUCUUUGGGGGUGAUAACCAGCUAACAGCAUCUCUCACUGGACCAGGUGUUGUUUUCAUUCAGAGUCUGCCAUUCCAUCGACUCUCACAGCGGAUCGCCAGCAGUAGAUCAGUGGCGGGCCCAAGUUUGAGGGACAACCCAAAGUUCUUCAUCCAGAUUGUCAUGUUCUUCUUCCUGGCCUAUGUCAUGAUUGUAUCAUCCAUAAUUCUGACAGAUGUUUAG